GUCGAUCCAUCCAAAGUUGCAGCUGUUCAAAACUGGUCGACACCGAAAAGUCCAUCCGAGGUUCGCAGCUUUCUCGGUUUGGCUGGUUAUUACCGCAGAUUCAUUGAGGGCUUCUCUAAGAUUGCCCUUCCUUUAUCCCAGCUGAAGAGGAAGUCUGUGAAGUUCGAAUGGACUGAUCGAUGUGAAUCGAGCUUUCAGGAGCUCAAGAAAAGGCUAACUUCAGCACCGGUGUUGACUAUUCCCGAUCUUUCUUGGAGUGUCACCAUUUUCAGUGAUGCUUCAAGACAGGGUUUGGGAUGUGUACUUAUGCAGGAGGGCCAGGUGGUUGCUUAUGCUUCACGCCAGCUCAAACCACAUGAACAGAACUAUCCGACGCACGACUUGGAGUUAGUUGCAGUUGUUCAUGCCCUCAAGAUUUGGCGACAUUAUCUAUACGACGGUCGAUGCGAGAUUUUCACCGAUCAUAAGAGCUUGCAGUAUAUUUUUACUCAGAAGGAGCUCAACAUCAGACAACGCCGUUGGUUAGAGCUCGUCAAGGGUUAUGAUUGCACGAUUCAAUAUCAUCCGGGGAAAGCAAAUAUUGUUCCUGAUGCCCUAAGCCGCAAGGUGAAGGAUGAUUUGACGUAUGUUGUUACUCAGCAGAGCCAGUUGAUUCAGGAGUUCGCCCGGAUGCAGAUUCAGGUGGUUGAUGCACUUCCUACAGCCAUUACGGGGAGUGUUAGUUCUAUGCAGGUUCAGCCGACGCUGAGAGAGAGAAUCCAGUGGGAACAAGCUUCUGACGAAUUUGUUCGUGUCAUUGAUGAUAAAGUCCACACCGGAGGAGUCGAGGGUUUUCACCAAGGCACUGAUGGGGCCUUGGAGUUUCGUGGCAGGAUUGUGGUGCCAAAA